GUACACCUUAUCCGUAGGGUCAUCACUUCCAAUCGCACCUUAUAGAGUCCACCAUCCGUUCGAUGAAUUGUCUAAAUGAGUUCUUACUCAGAAUUGAAAUGAAGCGAGAAGAAUGGCGCCCAGUUUUUGCUCUUUGGUCACUACCCCAUCAACUCCCAUCCCCAAAUUCAUCUCGGGACGGCCUUAACUUUCCAUCCUGGAGACACAAUGCAAAACCAUGAGAGACGUCAAGAAGAUUCAUGCUCACCAUCUGUCCGUUGAACUGUCUAUGUGAGCUUGUUACUCAGAAUUGAAAUGAACUGAGAAGAAUGGCACCUAGUUUUUGCUCUUUGGUUACUGCCCCACCCAAUUCCAUCUCCAAAUUGAUCUCGGACCAGCCUUAUCUUUCCAUGUUGGAGACACAAUGCAAAACUAUGAGAGACCUCCAAAUCAUUCACGCCCAACUCAUCAAGACAGGCCUGGCCAAGCACCCUCUUGCCGCCAGCCGCGUGCUGGCCUUCUGCGCCACCGGCCCGGCUGCAGAUGUGAACUAUGCAUACUUGGUGUUCACUCAAAUCCAAAACCCAAAUCUCUUCACUUGGAACACUAUCAUCAGAGGCUUCUCUAAUAGCCCAACCCCACAAAUUGCAAUCUCUCUUUUCAUAGACAUGUUGCUCACUUCACCAGUUCAACCUCAAAGGCUCACUUACCCUUCGCUCUUCAAGGCCUAUUCCCAACUUGGUCUAGCCCAUGAUGGAGCUCAGCUCCAUGCAAGAAUUAUCAAACAGGGACUCGAAUCGGAUCCCUUCACAAGAAACACACUCAUACAUAUGUAUGCAAAUUGUGGUUUUCUGUCCGAGGCCUGCAUUUUAUUUGAUGAAGAUGAUGAUUGUAAUAUUGUUGCCUGGAAUUUGAUGGUAAUGGGUCUUGCUAAGAAUAGGCAAAUCGACGAUUCAAGGAGGCUGUUUGAUAAGAUGCAAACUAAAAAUGCUAUUUCAUGGAAUAGCAUGAUUAGUGGGUACGUUAGGAAUGGAAAGUGGGUUGAGGCACUAGACCUUUUCAGACAAAUGCAAGUGCAAAAUGUACAGCCAAGUGAGUUUACAAUGGUGAGCUUGUUGAAUGCUUCGGCUCGCCUAGGAGCUCUUGAACAAGGGGAAUGGGUUCACGAUUAUAUAAAGAAGAACCAUAUGGAGUUGAAUGUGAUUGUCAUUACCGCAAUUAUAGAUAUGUACUGCAAGUGUGGAAGCAUCGACAAGGGCCUUCAAGUAUUUGAGGCAGCCCCAGUGAAAGGAUUGUCGUGUUGGAACUCGAUAAUUUUGGGAUUAGCAACAAAUGGUCGAGCAGAAACAGCACUGCAGUUUUUCUCAAGGCUCAAAUCAUCGGAUCAUGAACCAGAUGGUGUUAGUUUUAUAGGCGUUUUAACAGCAUGUAAUCACUCGGGUCUGGUUGAUGAGGCAAGAAAAUAUUUCGCCUUAAUGACAGAAGAAUACAAGAUUGAACCAUCAUUGAAGCACUAUGGCUGCUUGGUGGAUGCACUAGGCCGGGCAGGGCUGCUCCAAGAAGCAGAAGAGGUUAUAAGAAGUAUGCCAAGAAGGCCAGAUUCUGUCAUAUGGGGAUCUUUACUUUCGGCUUGUUGGAAGCAUGGAAAUAAUGAGAUAGGUCAAAGGGUGGCGAAAAUUUUGAUCGAGUUGGAUCCAAGCGAGAGCUCUGGUCAUGUGCUGAUGUCCAAUGCCCAUGCAGCAUCCGGUGAAUUUGAGAAGGCGAUCCACGAGAGAGUAUUGAUGAAGAAGAAGCAGAUAGAGAAGCAACCAGGGUGCAGCUUAAUUGAAGUUGAUGGAGUAGUUCAUGAGUUUGUAGCUGGGGGGAAGUUGAGUUCUCAAAUCCAGGAGAUGUAUUUUCCAGUCAAUAAUGACUUAAGCUCCGUGUUACAAGAAGCAGAGCAGCUUGUUUUUGAAUAAAAUGUAGCAGCAGCAAGCAGUAUUCUCCUCAAGGAAUCCAAAAUCCAAACAAAAUCCAUCACUUCCAAUUGUUCCAACUUUUCAAUAUUUAGCAUGUAUUGAGUGAUCUUGGGCUACACUGACACUGGCGUAGGCAAUACCACCAGACAACAUUGGUUUAGUUUGGAUGACAGAGUCCAUCCAAUGAUAAGUGGCAUCAAAGUCACUGAAAAAUACUAUAACGUGGGUUGAAACUUUUACAAGACAUCUGCUGAUCCUAUAUCGAAUGUGUAUUGAGUGAGAUUGUAAGGUGUUUGUUGAUCUCACAUCGAAUGUGUAUCGAGUAGGGGUAGUUAGCCAACACAUUUAGUAGUAAUUUCUUUUUAGGUAUGUUGAGAUAUUGAUAGAUGCACGAGGGGGGUAAUUUCUCGUUUCAGCCCUCCCCUUUCUUGAAACAAGAAAUAAAAGGGAUAAAGGGGAAAAUUACCUCAUGGCAAAAAAAUAAAAUUAGUAUUUAAUUAUUUAUUUUAUUUUUGAAAGUAUAGUGUUAGUCCUAAUUACACUAUUCCUUUUGGAAAUUUAGUGUGAUGUGAUCCAUUUCCUAUUACUAGAUAUUUAUGAUUUUUACUAUUAUAACCCAUUCUUCGAGGGAGUUCUCCCAGAAAAGGCAUUCUUUGGAGAGAACUUGUUCUUUCGGAGGAAAAACUCUCUUGGGAGAAGAAGUUUUCCCUAAGAACAAUGAGAAGUUCUCCCGGAGAGGUAUACUGCAAACCAAAAUAC